CGGCAGGUUCCCGCCAGUGACCUGUCCGCGGAGGUCAAGGACCUUGCGCCCUUCACGAUGUACGAGGUGACGGUGACCGCGUACAACAAGCACGGCUCCUCGCUCCCCUCGGACGCCAUCCGCUCGCUCACCCUGUCGCCGCGGUCCGCGCCCAAGCCCACGUCCAUCGCUCGCUCGCCCAAGAUCCCCGACAUCAAGAGCUGCUGCGUGGCCAAGAACAUCUCGCGCGGCGGCUGCGUGGACAAGCUGUGCGACCCCGCCCGCCACACCACGGUGCAGGUGCCCGACCUCAUGAUCUGCGCGCCCUGGGCCGCGUCCGCCUUCAGCUGCCUGGCCAACGGCAUGGACCACACCAACUGCUGCAAGGCGCGCGGCCUGCCCGACCUCUGCCAGGAGCUGUGCUCCGGCAACGUGACGCAGAUCGACUUCACGUACUUCAAGUGCGUGCAGUACAUGGACUCGUACUCGAGCUGCCUCAUGCAGGGCUACGGCGUGCUCCCCGGCGCGCCCACGGGCGUGUACGUCACAAACGAGGACACCAACUUCGCCAUCGUUCACUGGGACCAGCCCAAGACGCUUGGAGAAACGGUGAAGAAGUACUACAUCAACUACCGCCAACUUGACUCCGACGACGGCCCCCAAGACUAUUUCGUGAAGACGGCGACGCACGGGCCCUUCAUCCUGGAGGGUCUCCAGUCGGAUUCCCGCUACGAGGUGUUCCUGGAGGCCCUCAACGCCCACGGACCCGGCGAGCCGUCAAUCCGGGUCCUCUUCAACACCAAGAGCCAGCUCGAGGAGUCGCAGAUCGAGGACGCGUCCGUGUACAACCUGACGGCCUGCUGCGUGAGCGCCGACCUCAGCCCCGCCUGCCUGCCCCUCUGCAGCUACGACGCCUCCAUGAACGACAUCCAGGCCCUCGGCGGCGUGUGCGCCUCUGAGUUUAGCAAGCUGCUCCGGUGCGGCGCGGGCGGCCGCAACCACGGGCCGUGCUGCGGGCGGCGCGGCGUGCCCCCGGAGUGCAUGCCGCUGUGCUCGGGCGUCGUGGCGGACUCGCUCCUCGCCACGGCCACGCGCUGCAUCCCCUUCAUCGGCAACAUCGUGCAGUGCUUCGAGGAGGGCACGGGGCUGCUGCCGGGCCCCGUGGGCAGCCUGCAGGCGCGGGACGUGACAGACGGCUCCGUCACGCUGUCGUGGGACGCCCCCGUCGAGUCCAACAACGCCAGCGAGUACAUCGUGCACUUCUCCAAGGUGGACAACGCCACCUCGCCCACGCCCACCACACCUCUCACCAGGAAAAAUACGACGGACACGAGCAUCACGCUGACGGGCCUGGACAAGGACGCGCACUACAACAUCUUCGUGGUCGCCAAGAACCAGCACGGCACUUCCCUGCCCUCCGCGGUCAUCUUGGUGAAGAUCUCCAAGGCAGACACGACCGUGAAGGGCGUGACGUCGCCGCCGCACUCCGUGGUGGUGUCGGGCCACUCCGCCACCUGGGUGGCCGUGUCCUGGCAGCCCCCGGAGGUCAGCCACCCGUCCGAGAAGCUCACCUACCGCCUGCACCACAAGGCGGCCGACGACCCCCAGUUCAUGGUGGUGGAGACCACGGUCACGUCGCACGUCCUGGAGCAGCUCACGCCCAACACCAAGUACAUCAUGUUCGUGUCGGCCGUCUCCCAGGCGGGCGAGAGCCUCCCGUCCGAGACGCUGUUGGCCUGGACCGAACCCGCCCUGCCACCGCACGUGGAGCCACCCACGGUGCACCCGAUGAACCUGGUGAUCGAGGGCAGCAGCAUGACGGUGCUGUGCAUCGCCAUGGGCACGCCCACGCCCACCAUCUCGCUCUACCUGAGCGGGCGGCUGGUGCGCCAGAAGACCACGAGGCACAUGGUGACCGUCAUCAGCAACGUGACGCGCGACAUGAACGAGAUCUCGUGCUACGCGGACAACGGCUACGGCACGCCCAUGCAGGCCUCCAAGCGCAUCGUCAUCAGCCACGGCCCGACCAUCACCGCCGCCGGCAUCACCAUGGCCGUCCUCGGCGACACGGUUGACCUGGAGUGCACCGUGGAGGCGCAGCCCGAGCCCAAGAUGCUGUUCUGGAAGGACAAGUCCGGCUGGGCCCCGGUCAUACAGGGCGGCCAGUACAACAUCGCCGUCAACAGAGUCCGAGACGAGGAGAGCAAGUGGACUAUGAAACUGACCAUCAACAAGAUCAAGGAUACCGACGAGGGCGACUACUUCUGUCACGCGGAGAACGCCUUCGGCCAGUCCACGCAGCCCGUGUCCGUGCGGAUUCGAAAUGUGGCGGCGACCAACAACGUGACGCAGUGCUGCAUGGAGCAGAACGUGUCCUCGUCGUGUAUGGACGCGUGUUCCUUCUACCUCGACAUCGAUGCCAUCAUCGAGAAGCCUGCCUGCGUCAACGAGUUCGACAAGCUGAUGAAAUGCGCUGCUG